AUGACCGACGACUUUCGAUUCGCGACAGUCACCCAGGCGCUCGAGCACUAUGCCAAGUCGCCCGCCCACAGCCGGAAGGCCGCGAUCAUGCACGCCAGGCCCGGCCACGGCGCCGCCGCCGGCUACCAGACCCUGACCUUCCACGCGCUCAACCAGGUCACGGCCCGGCUGGCCAGCCACUACGAGACUGUCUUCAACAAGCAGCAGCGGCAGCAGCAGGGCGGCGGCCCUUCUAAGAUCAAGAACGUGGCACUCUACGCCAACAGCAGCCCCGAGUACAUACUCUCGCUCUGGGCUCUGUUGAGGGCCGGCUACGUGCCGCUGUGCCUGUCGCCCCGCAAUUCGGCCGCGGCGGUGAGCCAUCUGGCGACCAAGGCCCAGGCGGCCACGGUCGUGCGCGGCCGCGAGAGCAAUCUGGUGGCUACCACUGACGCCCUCCUGCGCGAGGGCGCCAUCGGCAACGUGGUCGACGUCAUCUCGCCCGAGGAGCUGCAGGCCAUCAUCGACAGCGUGCAGGCGGGACAGGCCCCGCGCUACGUGGCUUCGCUGCUCACCUACAAGUGGUUCGGGGAGCAGGCCCAGCCGGAUGACGUGUCCUACGUGCUGCCGCCGUUCUACCACGCCUACGGCAUUUUCGUCUCCUUCAACAACCUGGGCCACGGCACCACCGUUGUCCUGCCCGCCGUCCCCAGCUGGCCGCCCACCACCCAGAUGUUGGUGGAGAACAUUACCGAGACCAAGUGCAAUGUGCUGUGCUUGCUCCCGUGGCUGCUGGAGAGCAUGCAGGCCGAGGCCGAGGAGGCCCAGGACGAGUGCAUCUACAAGCUGCUGGCCGGCAUGCGCGCGGUCACCUACGCCGCGGCGGCGCUCAACGAGCGCGUGGGCGACGCGCUCCACCGCAAGGGCGUGGUGCUCAUCAACGGCUAUGGCAGCAGCGAGGCCGGCCUCGUCGCGGCCAAUCAAAUCGAUCCCUGCACCCACUGGAACCACAUCCAGAUCCUGCCGCACGUGCACCACACGAUGGAGUCGCACGUCGGGCGCCGGCCCAAUCUGUACCGCCUCGUCAUCAAGCGCGACAACCCGAUGCUCGCGCUGGGCCAGGCCAACACGCCCGAGGGCGACUACGACAUGAACGACAUCCUCGAGCGCACCAACCCGACCCCCAUGGAGGCCGCCGUGCGCAACCACUGCCCUGCCGUACUGGCCGCCGCAGUCGUGGGCCAGCAGCGCUUCAGCACCGCGCUGCUGGUCGAGCUCAAGCCCGGCAUCGAGCCCACGACGCCCGACGUGCUCGAAAGCCUGUGGCGCGCCGUGCAGGUCGCGAACCAGACCGCGCCGCAGCACAGCCGCAUCCUGCGCGAGAUGAUCCACGUCAUGGGCGCGGGCGAGGGCGGCGGCAUCCCGCGCACCGACAAGGGCAGUCUGCGGCGCAAGCACAUCGAGGAGCGGUUCAAGGCCCGCAUUGACGAGCUCGCGCGGUUCGCCGGAGUGGCCCCCGAGGCCGAGGCCGCGGGCCUCAGCGACCCGCGCGACAUCGCCGCGUGGCUCGAGCAGCGGCUGGUGCGUCUCUACAACGACCAGACCGUGGCGGCGGCGGCCGUGCCGGGCGAGAAGCUGUCGGGCCUGGAGCAUGACGUCAGCAUCUUUGCGCAGGGCUUCGACUCGCUGCUGGCCACCCAGUUCUACCACCAGUACCUGCGCCCGGCCUUCCCCAACCUCAAGCUGCCCGCCAACCUGCUCUACCAGUGCUCCGACAUCGACCACCUCGCCGCCCGACUGGCCGCCAUGCUGCAGGGCGGCGCCGCUGCGGGUGGCGCCGACGAGCGCAACACGGUGCGGCAGGCCGAAGAGCUGUACGAGAAGUACCUGCGGCAGCUCGACGAGGAUCACGCGCGCGGCCUGCAGGCCGGCGGUGCCUACGCGCGGCCCGCUGUCGAGCGGGUGGUGCUGACCGGCUGCACGGGCGGGCUGGGCCUGUUUCUGCUGGCCCGGCUGCUCGACAGCCCCCGAGUGGAGCGGGUCUACGCCCUAGUCCGCGCCGGCGGCGGAGGUGGUGGCAGGGAGUCGGUCGAGGCCAAGCUGUCGCGGGCGCUUCGGGGCAAGCUGCUCGAUCCGGCGCUGGCUGAGCACGACAAGCUCACGCUGUGGGGCUGCCACCUCAACCGGCCCAAGCUCGGGCUGGCCGACGACCAGUGGGACGAGCUAGCCCGCCACAGCACCUCCGUCAUCCACAACGCCUGGCUGCUGAAUUUCGAGGCGACGCCGAUCGAGUUCGAGGAGAGCUGCAUCAAGCCCAGCUACGAGCUCAUGCGCCUGUGCAGCGCCGAUGCGCUGAAGCAGUACAUGUUCGUCUCCAGCAUCACCGCCGCGAUCCGCAACGUUGCAGGCCCCCAGGGCACGGUGCCGGAGCAGGUGGUCGACGACCAGCACCGCGCCAGCGCCAUGGGCUACGGCCAGAGUAAGCUCGUCACCGAGCGCCUGGCCGCCCGCUACGCCGAGCGCUUCAGCGUGCCCGUCACCAUCGCCCGUGUGGGCCAGAUCGCAGGCGACUCCAUCCACGGCACGUGGAACACGAGCGAGCACCUACCGCUGAUGAUCAAGGCCAUCGAGACGCUGCGUGCGAUGCCGGACCACUACAUGAGCGUGGACUCGCUUCCGGUCGACGUGGUGGCGGAGACGAUGACCACGCUGCUGACCGACGCACAGCUUCCAGGCGAGACCGAGGCCGAGCGCAAGAACACGCGUGUGGCCCACCUGGUCAACCCCGUGGAGCUGCCCUGGCUCGACUUCCUCAAGAUCCUGCAGUCGCCUGACCUCGGCCUGCCCAAGUUCCGGGUUGUCAAGGCCCGCAAGUGGCUACGGCUACUGGAGGAGUCCUCGCCAGACCCUGUGGCCAACCCCAUCAAGAAGCUCCAGGGCUACUUCGCUGACAUGUACACCGCUGAGGAGGUGACCACAACCAAGGCGGAGUCCCAAGGCCUGGAGGCCAAGUUUGAGACAGUGCGCACAACCCAGCUGGUGCCCAGCAUGCACUACAACCUGAACCAUGACUUCUGGUGCAAGGUCAUUGGCCACUGGCGUGACAUUGGCUUCCUCCAGAGGUUGGCCUAG